ACACAACACCAGCAUCUCGCAACCUCGCUUCUGUUACCUUUAUUUUAUUACCCCCCCUUGAAGCCUUACUGCUGAUAGCAUAGUCGACUACAUUACCACCUUUUGCCCUGCGCUAGCAGCCUCACAACCAAGCUAGCCACACAAGCCCCAAAACCAUGCGCCUAAGGUCUUGACCACCGCAGCACUUACCGUGUUGACCUCACUCACAUUUGAGAACCUCAUUCCACUCCGGUGCCCACUGAGCCCCAGAAACCGAUCCCAGCAUGACCGAACCAACAACCACGAACCCCAAUCUCUACGGGAUUGUGGAUAUGGGAAGCAACGGCAUCCGCUUCUCAAUCACCGACCUCUCCCCCCCCACCGCCCGCCUCCUGCCCACCGUCUACCAAUCCCGCGCCGCAAUCUCUCUCUACGAUGCCCAAUUCUCCCCGCAGACAGAGACAGAAACGCGAACGCAAACGCAAACGCGGGGCCCGAUCCCGGACACAACCAUCGCCCAAGUCCUCGACCACCUGCGCCACUUCCAAUCCACAUGCAGCGACUUCGGGGUGAGGGCGACCAACAUCCACGUGCUGGCGACGGAGGCGACGCGGACGGCGCCGAACGCGGCGGCGUUCUGUGGUGCGAUCCGCGCGCACACCGGCUGGGAGGUGCGGAUGCUGACCAAGGAGGAGGAAGGGCGGAUUGGCGCGCUGGGGGUCGCGAGCUCUUCGGCGAGGGUGGCCGGGAUCGCGAUGGAUUUGGGCGGCGGGAGUACCCAGAUUACGUGGGUUGUGGAGGAGGAGGGUGGGGAGGUGCGGACGAGUCCUCGGGGCGCGUUCAGUUUUCCGUACGGCGCGGCGGCGUUGGGUCGGUUGCUUCGGGAGGCUGAGGCUGAGGCUGAUUCCAAGUCGAGCGAUGAAGGAACGACGGCGUUGGGGGCGCUCAAAGCCGAGAUGACCCGCCAGUUCCAGACGGCGUAUCGCGAGCUCGAGGUGCCGGAUUCCCUCUUGCUCAGGACCUCCGGGGAAGGAGGAAGAGGAGGAGGAGGAGGAGGAGGAGGAGGAGCAGGCUGCCAACGCAGUCUAUAUCUCUGCGGCGGCGGGUUCCGCGGCUGGGGGUACGUGCUCAUGAAGACGUACUCCGACCAACAGAGCGAGGGCGAGGGCGAGGCGUACCCGAUCCCCAUCAUCAACGGGUUCCGGGUCCCGCGGGCGGAGUUCCACGACACCGCCGCGGUGCUGCAGGAAGUUGCAGACACCAACACCACUGCAACCACCACGACGACCAAAAUCUACGGCGUGUCGCGGCGCCGCGCCGCGCAGAUCCCCGCCGUCGCGUUUUUGGUGAACGUCAUCAUGGACGCGCUGCCCGCCGAGGCCAUCACGCACGUCCAGUUCUGCCAGGGCGGCGUCCGCGAGGGCUUCCUGUACGACCGGCUCCCGCCGGCGGUGCGCGCCCAGGACCCCCUCCUCGCCGCGACGCGGCCGUAUGCGCCGCCGUCGGCGGACGUGCUGCGCGAUCUGCUGCGGGCGGCGCUGCCGGACACGCCGUCACCGUCACCGCGGGACGCGGACUCGUUCCAUCUCCCCCGGUCAUUCUGGGCGACGAAUCUGCUGGCGGCGCUGGCGGAUUUGCUGUUCGCGCACGCGAAGGUGCCCCGCGAGUCGCGCGCCGCCGCCGCGCUGCAUAGCACCGCGACGGGCAUCCUGGCGGCCACGAACUGUCUGUCGCAUGUGGAGCGCGCGCUGAUCGCGCUGAUGCUCUGUGAGCGCUGGGACGGGGAGCUCGCCCCGGCCGAUGAGGCGUACCAGCGGCAGCUGGUGCGGUGCGUGUCGCGCGAGGAGGCGUGGUGGUCUCGGUACCUGGGGCGCGUCGCGGCCUUGGUCGGGGAUGUGUAUCCUGCCGGCCGGGAGGAGGAGGGCCGUUGGAGGGUGCGGUUCGAGACGGAGUGGAGCGCGGUCGUGAAGAAACAGGGAAGGGAAGUGCGCGACGUGCUGCACCUGACGGUGCGGCGUGGGGACGCUGCCACCACAUCCAUGCUACAGGAGAUACUGACGGACAGGGCGGACGGCUUGGAGAAGCUGGGCAAGAAGAAGAAUUGGGUUCAUGGGCGCGGGGUGAAGGUCAAGGUCACUGUCGUGUAG